AUGGCUUCUCCAGAUGAAAGAGCUCUUCAGCUUCGUAACCUGCAUAUUCCAGGGAAGCCUCUGGUGUUCGCCAAUGUUUACGAUCCAUGCACCGCCCGCAUAGUGGCAUCAAACCCAUCAUCCACUGCUCUAGCAACAGCCAGUUACGCAGUAGCAGAAGUCCAUGGCCUAGCUGAUCCUGAUCUUGACCUCGAAACAAACAUCGCUGCAGUCCGUCGUAUCGCUUCAGUCGCAGCUAAACAUAACAAGCCCCUCUCCGUUGAUAUGCAGGAUGGAUACGGCUCGCGCCUUGAAGAAGCCAUUGAAUCAGUCAUUGCAGCUGGAGGUUCUGGCUGUAACUUGGAAGACCAGGACAGCGAGACUGGACGCCUCUUCCCACACGAUGUCGCGGUCGAGCGCGUUCGACGUGCCAAGGCUGCAGCCACCAAGGCCGGAGUUCCCAACUUUGUUAUCAAUGCUCGUACCGACGCUGUUCUGUUAAACAAAGACCUUGAAGACGCCGUUAAAAGAGGCAAGGCAUUCCUGGAGGCUGGCGCAACUACGGUGUUUGUCUGGGGAGGAUUGUCCCGCGCCGAUGUUGAGAGGCUUUCAAAGGAAUUUGGUGGAAUGUUGAAUGUUAGCUUGCUCCCUGGUGGGCUGACGGUUCAGGAACUAGCAGAUAUCGGCAUUGCAAGAAUCAGCGUCGGUCCACGGAUGUGGAAGGCAGCGAUGAGAGCGGUUGAAGAGGAGUCGAAGAAACUGCUUGAUGCUUACUCUGCUAUGCGAGCCGAGUAG